AUGUCCCUUAUGGUUGCUCCACUGAUUUCUGUGCCUGUUAUGGUUUUUGGUGGAUUCCUGAUAACUGUCGAUGCGGUCCCAGUGUACUAUCUUUCGUUGACCUACGUGUCAUGGUACCAUUAUGCGUUUGAAGCCAUUAUGAUUGCAUUCUUCAAGGAUCAUGGAGAUAUUAAAGGCUGCGAUAAACCUGUCAUUACACAAUUUGAAUGUUCAAAUGGCCUAAAAUUCAUUAGUGACCAGGAUUUUAAAGUGGAGCAUUUUUGGUUGGAUUUCAUCGCAGUCGGUGCAAUUCUCCUUUUUUGGAAGUUAUUUGGGCUUUGGCUUUUGUGA